AUGAGUCAAACCGGGACCGCCUGGGCAGGUGAUGGUGCUCAAAAGGUCACCAUUCUUCACGGAUAUUAUUCCGCCACUGAAUACCAAGUCAAAGAAGAACAAGCCGAUGCCAUCAUUAAAACAGCCGCCUACCACCGCGAGUUCUUUGCUCUCUCCUUGAUCUGGUUCUCACCUAGUGUACAUGCCGCCGUUCUUCCAUCACUAUCAACACCCUUCCAGCGGACUUCAAAUGCCGGACUCGGCCAACUCGAUCAGCUACCAGCCGAGCUCUUGCACGACAUCAUAUACCGUCUAGAUGUGCGGUCUCUACUCAAGUUUCGCCAAACAAAUCUCAGAUCGAGACAGACGGUAGACUCGAUCAAAAAAUAUCAGGUAGUCCUCUCACAUGGACUGAACCUUUUCUGCGCCUUGUUGCGAACACGACUCGCCGCCGAUAUUUCUCUACUCGACUUCUACGAUACUCUCUGCACCAAGGCCUGUAGCAUUUGUGGCGAGUUCGGCGGAUUUAUGUCUCUAUUGACAUGGAGGAGAUGCUGUUUCAAAUGUCUCAGGCAGGCACCAGAGAUCAAAGUGGGAACUCUUGUCUCCGCCCGAACCAGAUUCCGCAUGACCGAAGCCGAGCUGGUCCAAAUCAAGUCGUUCAAGAACUUGCCCGGAUUUUAUUCACUUAAUGGGAAGGCUUACAAUCGUCUUAUUACCGUCGUUCCUAUUCAUCAAGCCAGUUUGAUUUGCAGGCAACCAUUGUCGACCAAAACUUCAAGCUUCACAAUAAAUCGUGAUCGACUAAACAAUCUCAACUUUAUGGGUUCCUGUGCGCUUCCAUACUACGACAAAACAACGGGCAGUGUCGAGCACGGAGUAUCGUGUGCUGGUUGUCAGCUUGCACUCGAAAAGGGCAUCUUCGACAACAAGUGCGAACAAUGGGGGGUUGAUGCUCGCGACAAAGUAUAUGCGCGGGACGGCUUUUUGGAACAUUUUCGACGCUGUGAACAUGCACAGAUGCUUUGGCGAUCAAGUGAUGAAGGUCGCAAGACGCCACCAGAGCUACCAGUGGAGGCUCAAUGCGGAGGCAGAUUCAACUGGAGAGAAUGA